GAGAUGUGUUUUUGGUGCUUGCGAUGAUGUGGGGAAUCCAAAGACGACCAAUCACAGCCGAUGACCGUCGCUCUCCCACGUCAGUCAAGAAAUCCCGCUCCGCCGCGCUACCAUCGCCACUCGAUACACGAUCAUGUCUGAAGCUAGUUCCCAUGACUGUGUUUCCCUGGAGGACCACAUCCCACUCAGCCCUCAAGCUGCUAGACCAAAUGAGCUCCCCUCCACAGUUGCGCGGGUAAAGGAGAUUGUCGUGAAUGACGAGGACAGUGAUCUGGGCACACCAGGGUCACCCAAAGACCCGUUCAGCGACAACUUCGACGACGAUCUCCACUCUCAAGCGACGUUCGCACACCAUGCGUUUUACGGCCCGACUGCGUCGAACGACAGUGCCCAAACUGUGCACGACACCCGUCGUGUGGAACUAGGCAAGGCCAAGAACUCCGCCGCGUACUUCAAGAGCGAGCCCAAGGAAUCGAACCACCGCGCUUCCAUGGCGUACCAGCAAUCGAUUUUUGAUAUCCCGUCGCCGACGAACAAAUCCAUGUCGUCUGGUACCCGUGGCUCCAUCAUCAACAUGGCCAAGUCGACCAUGCCCAAAAUCUCCAAGAGCCUACCUACCCUCCCGAGUUUCCUCAAGCGCAGUGGUGCCGCUGCCAAGGACUCAGAUGCGCCAUUUUGCGACGGCUGCGGCCAACAGCCCAUCAAGGGCGUCGUGUGGUCGUGCAGCGUCUGCGUGAACUUUCACUUGUGUCCAACGUGCUAUGCCCAAGGAGUGCACGGGAUGGAAGACACUCCCGCGAUGCAAAUGUACGAAGAAUUGAACGCGUUUUACAAGCUCCAAAAGCGGUGCAAGCUGCUCACGACGGAAUUCCUCGGCGUGCUGUACACAGACGUGUGCAAGAAGCAUGUGCCCAAAUUUGAAUACCUCGGGAAUUGGCUGGCCAGUAUCUUGGACAAAAAGAUGAACGCGACCAAGAUCCCAGCCCGCGGAGUCGAGAUCCCCCAUUUGACACCGUUGGUGCGAACCAAGUUCGUGGACGUGCUCAUGCCGCUCGUGUCGAAUCGAAGGGACUUGCAAGUGUAUGUGGAGUGGCUGCCAGAGACAGAGGGAGACCUGGAGACCGUUCGCAUUUGGAUGUCCGACUUGAAGACUCGCACCAAGUCUCCGUUUGCCGUCGCUGCGCCACCAGCGACAGCGACUCCAUCAACCACCACCACGGCAUAGGAUAUAUGCAUUUAUAUGGGUAAUAUUAUGUUAGAAAGGAAAUGAAUUGCUGGAA